CAAAACAAUAUUAUUAUACGAUUAGAACUUUAGAUACAAUACAACCCUUACACCCAUUACAUCUUCGAUGAUGAACAUAUUGAAGAAGAUGGUGUCAUCCAUGGAUCUUGUAGCUUGGAGAGGCUUCGUCUACACUCUCUUCAUACUCCACUUCGUCUUCGUCUGUCAACUCCUUCUGCUUCAACCCCUUGUUUCAGCUUUAGAUGGAAAAUCAGGUAAUACUGCUGAAUUGUUUGAAAGAGUUUCACACAGUAUAAAGGUGAAACGUUAUAGCGAGGCAAUUAAUGAUCUUAACGCUGCCAUAGAGGCCGACCCCUCACUUUCGGAGGCGUAUUGGCGUCGGGCUUCUGUUCUUCGAGAGUUGUGCAGAUACGAGGAAUCUGAGAAGAGCUACAAAAAGUUUCUCGAAAUGAAACCUGGAAAUUCGGCCGUAGAGAAGGAGCUGUCUCAGUUGCAUCAAGCCCAAAGUGCGUUAGAUACAGCCAAUAACCUCUAUGAUUCACACGAUUAUAUAAAAGCUUUGGAUUUCAUCGAGAAAGUGGUUCUUAUUUUUUCUCCCGCGUGCUCACAGGCUAAGAUCCUAAAGGUGAAGUUAUUACUAGCCGCCAAGGAUUACGCAGGGGCCAUUUCGGAAGCGGGAUUUAUACUUAAAGAAGAUGAGGAUAAUCUAGACGCGUUGUUGCUUCGUGGUCGUGCUUAUUAUUAUUUGGCUGAUCAUGAUGUUGCUACGAGGCAUUACCAGAAAGGGCUCCGCUUGGACCCAGAGCACAGCGAAUUAAAGAAAGCAUAUUUCGGAUUAAAGAAUUUACUGAAAAAAACGAAAAACGCGGAAGAAAACGAAAAGAAGGGGAAACUGCGUGUCGCUGUGGAGGAUUACAAGGCAGCCCUUGCGUUGGACCCCGAUCACGUAGCGCACAACGUGCACCUCCAUUUCGGGUUAUGUAAGCUUUUGGUUAGGCUCGGUAGAGGAAAAGAUGCCGUAAACGCUUGCACGGAAGUUCUCACCGUUGAUGAAGAACAUACCGAAGCUUUAGUUCAGAGGGGUGAAGCCAAAUUAUUGACAGAAGAUUGGGAGGGAGCCGUUGCGGAUAUCAAGGCGGCUGCAGAAAAAUCGCCUCAGGACAUGAGCAUUCGGGAAUCACUUAUGAAGGCUGAGAAAGCGUUGAAGUUAAGUCAACGGAAAGAUUGGUACAGGAUUUUGGGUGUGUCGAAGAGUGCAUCGAUAUCAGAGAUAAAACGAGCUUAUAAAAAGCUUGCUUUGCAAUGGCACCCGGAUAAAAACGUUGAUAAUAGAGAAGAAGCAGAGAAUAAAUUCAGAGAAAUAGCUGCUGCAUAUGAGAUUCUUGGAGAUGACGACAAGCGUACGAAAUAUGAUAAUGGUGAAGAUAUUGAAGAGGGUAUGAACAUGGGUGGCGGCGGUGGAUUCAACCCUUUUGGCGCUGGCGGUUUUGGCGGAGGUGGUGGUUAUACGUUUCAUUUUGAAGGCGGUUUUCCUGGUGGUGGAUUUGGCGGUUUCCACAUGUAACUUAUGAGCUUUGUUCUUCCGUCAACGUGCCAUCGACGCGGCUAACUUUACUAGUUAAUAGCAGAAGAAUGUUUUAGGAAAUUGAUUAUUCGGUUACUUGAGUUCAAAUCGUUAUGAUUCCUUUGUUUCUUUUGAUAAGAUAUGCAAUCAGUGAAACAUGUUCACAAGGGAUUUUGUUGCGGUUUUAUACGAAAACCAUGUGGCUUGAAUUAGAUGAGUUAUAGUACAAGAAAAUAUGUUGAUCUAUAUUUUAUAA